GCGCGCAGGCAGCACGUCGUCGUCGUCAUCGGGAGUCGUGUUUGCAGUUCGAUAAAGAUAAAACCCCAAAAACCCAACCGAAAGCACUCGACCGUCGCGUAAUAUUCUUGAGAACCAAACAUUCAAAACCUAGAUUUCAAGAACUGUGCGUCAAAGUGAAGUGAACUAAGAGAUAUACCGGCUAUAUCAAAGUUACGGAAAGUGCGGUUCCGGCUGGACAAUAUGAUGGACGUAAGCAGCAUGUACGGCAACCACCCGCACCACCAUCACCCACAUGCCAAUGCCUACGACGGCUACAGCACCACCACCGGGGCGACGGCCAAUGCCAGCAGCUACUUUGCCCCGCAGCAACACCAGCACCACCUGCAGCAGCAGCAGCAACAUCAGCAGUUGCAGCAGCAACACCAGCAGCACCUCACCUACAACGGCUACGAGAGCAGCUCCCCCGGCAACUACUAUCCGCAGCAGCAGGCCCAGCUGACACCACCUCCCACGGGCAACCACCAGGUGGUGCAGCAGCAACAGCAACAGCAACAGCAGCAGCAACAGCUCUAUCCGCACUCGCAUCUCUUCAGCCCAAGUGCGGCGGAGUAUGGCAUCACCACUAGCACGGCCACGGGAAAUCCGGGCACUCCCCUCCACCCCAGCAGCCACUCGCCGGCGGAUUCCUACUACGAAAGCGACUCCGUGCACUCGUACUACGCCACCGCCGCCGUGGCCACAGUUGCACCACCCAGCAACAGUUCCCCUGUGACCGCAGCCAAUGCCAGUGCCACCAGCAACACGCAACAGCAGCAGCAGCAACAGGCGGCGAUCAUCAGCUCGGAGAACGGAAUGAUGUACACCAACCUGGACUGCAUGUAUCCGACGGCCCAGGCCCAGGCUCCGGUCCACGGAUAUGCCGGGCAGAUCGAGGAGAAGUACGCCGCCGUGCUGCAUGCCAGCUAUGCACCCGGAUUGGUGCUGGAGGAGCAGCACGACCCCAUGUUGCAGCAGGCCACGCAGUCGCAGAUGUGGCACCACCAGCAACACCUGGCCGGGGGCUAUGCCCUGGACGCCAUGGACUCGCUGGGGAUGCACGCGCACAUGCACCACGGCCUGGCCCACGGACACCUGGCCAACUUGGCCAGCAACUCGCACCAGCAACACCCUCAACUGCAGCAGCAACAGCAGCAGCAGGCACACCAGCAACAGCAACACCCGCAGAACCAAUCGCCAGCGGCGCAGCAGCAGCAGCAACAUCAGAGCUCCGUGUCGCCCAAUGGCGGGAUGAGCCGCCAGCAACGCGGAGGAGUGAUCUCCCCGGGCAGCUCCACUUCCUCCUCCACCGCCUCCGCCUCGAAUGGCGCACAUCCUGCGAGCACACAAUCAAAAUCGCCCAAUCAUUCCAGCAGCAUCCCCACCUACAAGUGGAUGCAGCUCAAGAGGAAUGUUCCCAAGCCGCAAGCACCGAAACUACCUGCCAGCGGGAUUGCCAGCAUACACGACUACCAGAUGAAUGGACAGCUGGACAUGUGCCGGGGAGGAGGAGGCGGGGGCAGCGGCGUCGUGAGCGGUCCUGUGGGCGUUGGGGGCAACGGAUCCUCUGGGAUCGGGGGCGUCCUGGCCGUGCAGAACUCCCUGUUGAUGGCCAACAAUGCGACGGCGGGUAGUGUCCAUCCCAACGGAAUGGGUGUGGGCGUAGGUCUGGGCAACGGAUCCGGAUCCGGACUGAGCAGCUGCAGCCUCUCCAGCAACACCAACAACUCCGGCCGGACGAACUUCACCAACAAGCAGCUGACCGAGCUGGAAAAGGAGUUUCACUUCAAUCGCUACUUGACGAGGGCGCGACGCAUCGAAAUCGCCAAUACGCUUCAGCUAAACGAAACUCAGGUCAAGAUCUGGUUCCAGAACCGCCGCAUGAAGCAGAAGAAGCGGGUGAAGGAGGGUCUCAUUCCGGCGGACAUUCUGACGCAGCAUUCCACGCCCGUGAUCAGCGAGAAGCCACCGCAGCAGCAACAACAGCCGCCGGAGCUGCAGAUGAAGCCGCAGGGCAGCGAUCUGGGCGGAAAUGACCUGACCACAGGAGCAACUUCGGCAACUUCAACCACUUUAACACUAACAGCUCCUGCGACCAAACAAAGUUGAACGGCUUUCUUCGCUGUUAGUUGUUAUUGUUAUGCUAUUGUUGUUGUUGCCGCCAAAAUAUUGACGCAUUUUGUUGUGAUAAAUUAAUAGAAAAUGCACAGAAGAUCAUAAAGAAAUAAACUAAAUAAGGGAAUACAAUAAUUAAAUAAAUAUUAUGUCACACACGUAGCAAAUUGAGAGUGUAAAUCCAAACAAAAUCUGUAAUCAAACGCUAGGAACUUGUGGAAUCGAGGUGCCAUAUUCAUCUAGGGGCUGUAAAUACUUAAACUAACAUUUCGCAUUGCCGCAGCUAAAGUUUAUUGGACUAGCAUAAACUAAACUCAGGGUUAUUUAAAAAAUCAAACUUACUUAAAUGCACGCAGAGCAAUUGACAAAAUACGAAUACAAACUGAAUCAAAAGGAAAAUCCAAAACUAAAAUAUUAAAAACUUUACAAGAACUAUACCAAGUAGAACCCCUAGCGUAAACCCCUCCACACCACCACCAUCACCACUCGUCUGUAGUAUUAUUAGCUAAGUUUUAGGAUGCCCCCGAGUUAUUCGUUUUGUGCUAGAAAGUAAUCGGUAAAACAAUCUUGAUGUACGUCUGUAUAUUUAAUCUAGUCCUAAUUGUAAUAUAAUUAUAACUGUACAACACAUGUAUGAAUAAACAAUAAACGA